AUGUCUUUGGCACCAGGCUCACCAACUAAGCCGCAGUUGGGGACACAAUCAGAAGCUCUCUCCCCUAGCGACGAUUGGACCGGCAUCACGAAUUCGGCCACGCGGCGGAGAUUACAAAAUCGGCUCAACCAGAGAUCAUAUCGCUUGCGUCAAGAAGCAAAGGGGAAAGAGGAAAGACCGCCGGAAAGAGUAACUGUUGUCUGCGGUGUUGGAAGGAAUCUCACUAUUGCCCCUGGUUGCACUGAGGAAUCCACACGACUCGCGCCUAUUACGUGCAGACUUUCUUCGGUCCAACAUGACCAGUGCUCAUUCGCUCCUCCAACUGUGCAUGAGCUCAUGCAUGAAUUCGAAAAGAGAGCCAUGAAAGACUUUACUCGAUGUGCACCGAGAGCGGACCAGCUCAUCAAGCUAAGCAGAUUGAAUAUCCUACGUGCAGCCUACGAUAAUGCAGUUGCUAUAGGCAUGUCUCCAGAGUGGAUGUGCCGGGAUGAUACAGUUUCGAUCUUUAGUCAAAUUGGUCCACAUAUGUCUCACAAUGCUGUUCCUCUCAGUUUACGGGCAACGUCUUUGCAAAAGCAGUUUCCACAUCAUCCAUGGCUUGAUGUUUUUCCUUUCCCGCAGAUGAGGGACAAUCUCAUUAUGGCAGGAAAUACUCUUGACGACGAUGAAUUGUGUCAUGACCUUACUGCCUUUUGGGAUACCCGGCAUAGUGAUGCGACUUUGCUUGUUUGGGGGACGCCUUGGGAUCCACGAAAUUGGGAGGCCACAGAGGCAUUUGCUAGGAAGUGGGGUUGGGUUCUCCGAGGAUGCCCUGAGAUUCUCGUUUCAAGUAACAAGUGGAGAGUGAAGAGGGGCGAGAAAUUACUCCAUUGGCGUCAAAUCCUAGGUUGA